AUAAGAAGAAUGUGGAAUCUCGCGCGGAUCACGCCGUGGAAAUCGGUGCCAGACGCCUGAAGAUAGUCAUCCAGCCGGGAGAAGAGGACCUGAGCAAGAGCCGGUUUACAAAGCAGGCAUUCCCUAGCUGCCCCAGCCCCUCCAGCUCUUCCCCACCUCCUCAGCAGGAGCAGCAGGCAGACAAAGGCCGCGGAGGCACUGCAAGAGAAGUCAUUACCAAAAAGAUAUUUCUUACAGUAUCUGCGACUUUGAAUACCAGUAUGUUCACUGAACAGCAAAGGAAGAGAAUUACCAUUAUAUGUCCAAAUUUAAAGAGAGAAGGAAAUCCUGAUAUUGAUGGAUCUGAGAAAUUGACAGGAGAUUUUGCAGACAUUGAGAAAGCUUAUUGCUACUUUAAGGAUAUUCUUGCAGGCAAUGACCUGAACUGUGAUUUUUCACAUUCUGAAAGUAAGAAUGGUUUGAAAGACGAAAAUGGUCUGAAUACUGAAGAACUGAAUGAGUUUACAGUUCCAUCAGCUCUGUAUGAAUAUUUCAGUCAUACCUGCAAAGAGCAAAUCAAAGUACUACGUGAGCAUUUUGGAGUGCGUAUAAGAAGCAAAGAUUGUUACAAUGGAAACACAUCAGUAGGCUUCACUUCUGAUAGAAGUCCUGCACCAAUACAAAAAGCUAAAGAUUUUUUUAUCAGAACUUUUCAGAAAAGUGUGGAAAAUCUGAGACAGGAAGAACUUCCUGUCACAAACAGUUACACAUUAAGUGAGACAAUAACGAAAUUAAAUGCCAAGUUUAAUAAUCUUCUUGCCAAAGAGGAAGGGAAUCAGUUGCUACUUCGUGGUCCAGCGAGUGAGAUUUUGGCUGCCAAAAAAUUUCUAGCAGACGAAGGUGAGAACAGCCAAGCUGGAAAGAAUAUGAAAAUGUCAUCUGAACUGUACAAAUACAGGAAUGGAAUUGAAGUUGAUGCUUCUGUGUUUAAGUUGUUGGAGACAAUAUUAAGCAAAGAAAUUGAAGGCAUUAAAGACAAAUUUGAUAGCACAAUUGAAAAGAAAAACAUUUCAUGUGACCAGAAGAUGCUGAUAAUAUUUAGGCCCAGGAUCAAAACUUUUGAUAUGUCUUCACAUGCUACCGAAUGUUUCAUCAAUGCAUUUCAGAGCGCCUCUGCAAUGUUAAGGGAAAAAAUCAUCAGCUUGAAGCUUUCAGAAGGUCAGAAGAAAAGAUUAAAUAUGUUACUUACUGGAAAACAAUUGGAAAAUCUGCAUGUAAAGCUUCAGAAGAAGGAAGACAAAUUCAUGUUAAUUGGCUUACCAAACCAUCUUUCUGAUGCUGAAAAGUACAUUAUGAACUUUCUCAUCAUUGAAGACUCACAACAAACUAAAAAUAGGACACCACUGACCUCUGAUCUCAGCUAUCAAGAACCUACAGGAGCAUCUAAGAAGAAAUACAAUGGCAGGCAAAAGAAUAAUCUUUCUUCUGAAGGACAGGCUAAGGCAAAGACAGAAGAAAAUAACGAAGAUACAUGUCCAAUUUGCAUGGAGAUAAUUAGUAACAAAGAAACACUGACAAAGUGCAAACAUGUGUUUUGCAAAAGUUGCAUUGACCAGGCCAUGACUUACAAGCAAGCUUGUCCUAUUUGCAGUACUUUCUACGGAGUCAUGAAAGGAGACCAACCAGAGGGGAAAAUGUCAAGUAGAAUUCUGUCUUCAGCUCUCCCUGGUUAUCCCAGUUGCGGUACUAUUGAGAUUACAUAUCAUAUGCACAGUGGUAUUCAAACUAGCAACCAUCCAAACCCAGGGAAACCUUAUUUUUCAACUUUUCGAAAAGCCUAUUUACCUGACAAUAAAGAAGGGCGAGAAAUUCUGCAGCUCCUCGGAAAAGCCUUUAACCAAAAAUUGAUUUUCACAGUGGGGGAGUCACGUACUACUGGUGCAACAGGUGUUAUCACAUGGAACGAUAUUCACCACAAAACUUCCAUGGUGGGAGGACCUACCAACUUUGGUUAUCCUGAUCCUGAUUAUCUGCACCGCGUUCGAUUGGAAUUGAAAGCAAAAGGAAUUGAAUAA